GCGGCUCACAUGAACCUCAGCGCCGCCGCUGCUGCUGCUGCAGACCGAGCUGGUCCCCCGAGCAUCCGAACACCCGCUCCCCGGCGUCUUCACUCAAACGGGGGCAGCGACAUGUCAGGAGACAGCCGGGUCUCUGCGGACUGAAGCGUGGGAGGAGAGCCGCUGACGUUGAGUUAGCCCGCAGGCUAGCUGCAGCUAGCUGCCGAGCGGAGCGCUGCUUUGUGCCGUCAGCUCGCUAGCGAGGCGAAGGUCGGAGGGACUCGGGUUAGCUGGUGGUGCGGAGCGGUUGCAGUUCGCCAUUCGGCUCCGUUGAGGUGUCAUUUGAAUGGUUUGCUUUGGUGCUGUGCGACAUUUUGUUUUGCUCGUGUCACCCCGCCUCACAUUUUUACCGUUUCAUGCGUUUAUUAAUUUAACGACAUUUAACGGUUGAUGUUUCGCCAGCUAGCUAGCUAGCUAAUCGGCUAUGCUAACGCCAGCUCAGUGAGAGCUCGCUCGCGGGGGUGCGGAGAGCUCCAGGCGGGUCAAGCCGGAGAGGGGACCUGUGAUGUGGGCUGAGGGAAGCGGCGAUCUGUCAGGAGAAGGACAGCAGCAGUAUUAACUCCAACACGGUGUGUGUGUUUCUCAUACUGAUCCUAGUCGAGGUUCAGGGGCCAUAGCGUCUGUCAGGCUGUGUGCGGGGCGUUGGAUGAAGGAGGAACGCAUCGGGGCACUUUGAUUUGCGAGCAGGCUAAAUGCACAGUGUCGGUGUCGCUGCAUCGUGAACCGGUGGCCACCGCGCCAGCUCGAAGGGGACGUCACUCAGUCCAGCUUAUCCCACAGACUGCAUCAACCAGCCAGUUUGCUUUAAGAUGGCUUCGGCGAUCAGCAUUGCCGCAUCCAUUGCGAGCAAGACGAAGACCAAGAAGAAGCACUUCGUCGCCCAGAAAGUGAAGCUCUUCCGUGCCAGCGACCCUCUGCUCAGCGUGGUCAUGUGGGGAGUCAACCACUCGAUAAAUGAGUUAAGCCAUGUUCAGAUUCCCAUCAUGCUCAUGCCAGACGACUUCAAGGCCUAUUCCAAGAUCAAAGUGGACAACCACCUCUUCAACAAGGAGAACAUGCCCAGCCAUUUCAAGUUCAAGGAGUACUGCCCUCUGGUGUUCCGAAACCUCAGGGAGAGGUUUGGCAUCGAUGAUCAGGAUUUCUUGAACUCACUGACACGUAGUGCUCCCUUGAACAGUGAGUCCCAGGGACGGAGCGGGGCCCGCUUCCACACUUCUUAUGACAAACGCUACGUCAUCAAGACCAUCAGCAGCGAGGAUGUGGCAGAAAUGCAUAACAUUCUUAAGAAAUACCAUCAGUUCAUUGUGGAGUGCCAUGGCAACACGCUUCUGCCUCAGUUUCUGGGGAUGUACCGACUCACAGUGGAUGGAGAUGAGACCUACAUGAUUGUCACACGCAAUGUUUUCUCCCAUCGCCUCUCUGUCUACAAGAAAUACGAUCUCAAGGGUUCUACCGUGGCAAGAGAGGCCAGCGACAAGGAGAAGGCCAAGGAGCUGCCCACCUACAAGGACAAUGACUUCAUCAACGAUGGGCAGAAAAUCAGCAUUGACGACGAGAACAAGAAAAUGUUCCUGGAGAAGCUCAGGAAAGACGUGGAGUUCCUGGCCCUGCUGAAGCUCAUGGACUACAGUCUGCUGGUGGGGAUCCACGACGUGGAGCGAUCCGAGCAGGAGGAGGUGGAGAGCGAGGACAACGACGCAGACGAGGAGGGAGAGAGUGACGGAGGGGGCAUUGGGACGCCCCCUGACAGCCCCAGCAACACGCUGGACAGCAACAAGCCUCUGUCACCUGGAGAGUUUGAUCCCACCAUCGAUGUCUAUGCCAUCAAAAGCAAUGAUAGUGCUCCCAAGAAGGAGGUUUACUUCAUGGCUAUCAUAGACAUCCUGCAGCAUUAUGAUGCCAAGAAGAAAGCUGCCCAUGCCGCCAAGACUGUCAAACACGGGGCCGGGGCUGAGAUCUCCACCGUGAACCCGGAGCAGUACUCCAAGAGGUUUCAUGAUUUCAUCACCACUAUCCUGUCAUAGCCUCCAGGAGCCUACGGGGUCACAGAGGCACACCGGGUGGGGGAAAGGGAGGACAAGUGGGGAGCAGGGCAGAGAAGAAGCGAGAAAAAUGAAACCCACGGAGAGGCUGAAUUAACAAAGUGCUGUGACGGCUUUGUAUCGCUCUCCCUCACUCGUUCUCCUCAUCCCUCCCUCUUUGUUUCUCUCUUUCAGUGGGGGUGCUUCGCUCUGCAGCUAAAAGCAACAUCAUUCGUUUACAUUUAACCUCUUCCUCUGAGUUUUGUUCAUGUGUUACUUUGGAUGAUAAGGGUGUUAAAAGCAAGUGUUCAAGUCAUUACGUUUUUUUUUAUUUGUUUUGUCUGUGGUUGUUUAUGUGGGAAUAUGGCUGAUUUUUUUAUUGCCUCUAACAUAACAUCCAGCACCCUGCAUUUUUUUUUUUUAUAUAAAUACGUUGAUGUUUAUAUUCGACUUUUCCUUUAUGAUG